GACCUACGUCUGAGUGGGAGGAUCCUGGCUUAGCAACAGAGUCGGGGGGUGUCUGUAGUGGAAGGAGGGAGGAGAUAAAGCGGAGAAACAGCCUAGCACCUCGCCAGUCAGCGGAAGUCCCAAAGGAAAACAGAGAGGACCACCCUCUACAAGAGCUGCGGCGCUUUUGCUCGCUCUGAUUUAACAGGCCCCGUCUGGCAGGCAGCUCUGCCCACCGACCUCUGCCGCCAUGGGAGUGGAAGGCUGCACCAAGUGCAUCAAAUACCUGCUCUUCGUCUUCAAUUUUGUCUUUUGGCUCGCAGGAGGAAUCAUUCUGGGAGUGGCACUCUGGCUCCGUCAUGAUUCACAGACCACAAAUAUUCUGUACUUGCAUCUUGGUGACAAGCAGGCCCCGAAUACAUUCUAUGUUGGGAUCUACAUUCUGAUCGCUGUGGGUGCAGUGAUGAUGUUUGUGGGGUUCCUAGGAUGCUACGGUGCUAUCCAGGAGUCCCAGUGCCUUCUGGGAACGUUCUUCACUUGCUUGGUGAUCCUGUUUGCUUGUGAAGUGGCUGCUGGAAUCUGGGGAUUCGUCAACAAAGAUCAGAUUGCUAAAGAUGUGAAGCAGUUUUAUGACCAAGCAUUACAACAAGCAUUGCAGCAAGAAGUUGGGGUUUCUGAUGCAACUAAUGCAAAAACUGUGGUGAAGACAUUCCAUGAAACGCUGGAUUGUUGCGGUACAAAUGCCAUGACAUCCUUCGGCAUCUCGCUCAUGACUGAGCUGUGUCCAAAGGAACAAUCUUUGCUUACCGGUCCAUUUCAGGACUGUCAUAAGAAAAUCGAUGAGCUGUUCUCAGAGAAGUUGUAUCUGAUUGGUAUUGCAGCCAUUGUGGUGGCAGUAAUCAUGAUCUUCGAAAUGAUCCUGAGCAUGAUACUGUGCUGUGGCAUAAGGAACAGCUCUGUGUACUGAGAAGUGGAGAGCUGGGGGGGGGGAAGGUUGGAGAUGACUGCGCAAAAGGGACCCCAAGUGCCACCAAGUGACCAGGAGACAUUUCAACAAAAGACAAAGAAAACUAUGUAUAUAAAUACUUCCAAUAUUACCAUACAGUACUUAUCAUUUUUACUUUAAACUACU